AUGAAUGGAUAUUACUCAUACAGCUACCUCUUUAAAUAUUACUAAUAUGAAAUACUAGGUAAGUGAAGUCAUCUCUCUUUUCCUCAUAUAAUUAACCUACCAAGAAGAACAUACAUAUCCUCCAAACGCCACCAGGUAACACCAAAACGGUUAAAGUCUAGAAGCGGGGGAAUAAAUGAUAUUGUAGCUUAAUCCUCGUAGGAUCAUGAGAAAAGUCUGAAUAAUUAAUGACAUUUCCCUUCUCUCAUUGUCGUCGCAAUCGAAGAGAAUUGUUUGUUUAUAAUUCUUUCCUUUCCUUUCCUUUUCCCGAUCUUUUAUAGUCCAAUCCCCUUAUCUUUAUCAGGAGUUAGCAAAGCCAAGUAUGGUUAAGCUUCUACCAAGUGUUCCAAGGUUGGGAAUUCCAAGCGUCAUGAGUGGCUAAUCACUAUAACUCAGGGCAGGGCACCUAGGUAGAAUCGAAUAGAUAGCGCCCUUUUUCCUUCACACGCACGACAUUCUCAUCUUCUCCUUCUCGUCGAUCAGAUACUGCACUUCGCCUCGUUCUACAUAACACAAAUGUAUUGCAUCGCGAAAAAGGAACUUACUACCAUUAUCUAUCUCCUUGCAGGUUGUGCAGGUUGAAGAAUUAUUGGGUCUUUCUACAAUUGGCCAGGCUCGCAGCUCCUUACCUUAACCCUACCUCAUAUCGAGCAUCAGCCGGUCAAAACACUGGUAACCCUCGGCAGCGAUACACGUUUCCUUCGCAAUGUCUGCACCACUACAACCCCGUGCGACAGAGCCUGUGAGCUCAAAUACUCGGGACACAACACCUCAAAGACCGGAACCCACUGCUAUACAGCCACCACAAGAUAAUGUUAAUGAUUCCAAUACAACUUCAAUGCCAAACAUCGGGAAAGAGAGGAAUAACAAGAAGAAAAGAAAUAAUCAUAGAGGGGGGAAGAAAAAGAGACCGAGAAGACAAUCUUUUGCUGCAUCAACCGAGGAUGGGAAUGGUAUGCCUGAAACACCGAUGGCACAACGAGUUGUUCCCCAAAGUGCUGUGAGGUCAAGUUUCUAUAGAGGAAGAAAUUUAAGUGCGACUAGUAUUGAGAGUGAGGAACUUUUGGAUCAUAGGUUAGUCUUUAAAUGGCAUACAAUGUAUUACAUCCGCUAAUAUACUUUUGCGACAGAGAACAUCAAAGUAUGCGACCUCGAAGAUCUUCGACAAUGGGACAAAAUGCUUUCGGUCAGAUGUAUGAUAGUCCUUCUUUUAAUCGACCUUCGUAUAGCAACCCAUUCAAAUCAUCGGAAACUGUCACCAGAAGGCCUGCCACCGGAAAAUCGAAGAACAAUACCGACGAUGAAGCUUUGAUAGAAGAAAUCGACGAGAGAACCCCACUUAUAUCUAGCUCUUCGAAAUCUAAAAGUUCUAAUACUCUCCUUCAACAAGGAAAACGUAGUCGCCGAAGUUCGAGCAGGUCAUCAGGUCAUAGCAAAAGAAGAACAAUUUUUGAAAAGACUACUUCUGGAUUGACUAGGCAGAAUGAUGAAUAUAAUGUUAAUUAUCCACCCUCGGUUCCAGGGUCUCCAGUGCUCGGGGCUGCAAAUCAGGAUAUGAGCUUUGGAGAUGUCAUGGUUCGCGAUCACUCUCCAGAUCGAGAUUCUAUAGAUGCAGGGUCGAUGAGAUCUUUUAGAUCCCUCCCAGAGGAGGCAUGUCAGGACGGUUCAAUUCCCGGUUCCCCACGAAAGGGAUCUUCAUAUGGAGAGCGUAGGCAUACUAUAGCAAUGCAAGCCGAGGAAGAUGUUUGCUUUCCAGUUGAUAUGUCUGAGAUGGCAGAAGAAGAUAUCCCUCAACAAGAAGAUGGGGCAUACAGGCCGCGCCGUCAUAAACGAAAAUUUCCAGAUCUAUCUUUCCUUAAUGAUUGGAGUAGAUUUGAAAAAGAAGGUAGAAGUGAGGAGCGAAGAGCUAAAAAGAUUACAGAACCUCAAUUGAUAGGUGGACGACUUCGACCAAUUCAUAAAGGUUGGCAUCGAGCAGAGGAUGAUGCACCAUAUCGUUUCACCUAUUUCAAUGAAGAAUUUCCAAGUACAAUUCACAGUCAGACAAUUUCAGAACUUGUUCAACCUGGUGGAAGUUUCAAAGAGUUAUUUGUUCCUGAUCGUCCUAUACUUGAUGAUAGUUCUGAAUCUGAAACAGAGGAUGAGGCCGAUGAUGUGGAAGUUCGCCGGGAAAAUUCAUACAUAAGUCAUGCUUUGGGUCAAAAUCAUGGAGAUUCUAGAUCCGAGACUCGUCAGUCAUCAAUAAUUGAUAUGGCAAAUCAAGAAUCAAAACGUACUGAAUCUGGACGUACGGGACGCACUUCAAGAUCACAUUCUAGACAAGCAUCUGGCGAAGCAUCCCCGAAUAAGUCACCUCCACCAAAGUCUACUCCACCGAACGAAGAAAAGCCGAAAAAAUAUGGUGACCGUCCUACCUGGUGGCUUGAUGUUCUAUCUCCAACGGAUGCAGAGAUGAAGAUCAUUUCGAAAACCUUUGGAAUACAUCCAUUGACAGCUGAGGAUAUAUUAAUGCAGGAAGCUCGAGAAAAGGUGGAAUUAUUUCGACAUUAUUACUUUGUCAAUUACCGAUCAUUCGAACAAGAUAUGAACAACGAGAAUUUCUUAGAGCCUGUCAAUAUGUAUGUGGUAGUCUUUCGUGAAGGGGUUAUCAGCUUUCACUUUUCUCAAACACCACAUCCAGCAAAUGUUCGACGAAGAAUUCGACAAUUGAAAGAUUACUUGAGGCUCACAGCUGAUUGGAUAUCAUAUGCUAUCAUUGAUGACAUUACUGAUGUUUUUGCUCCUUUAAUUCAAACGAUUGAAGAUGAAGUUGAUGAUAUUGAUGAUGCUAUUUUGAAACUUCACUCUCCUGCAGAGAAUGAGAAAUCAAAUAAGGAUAAUGAGAAAAAAUCCGAAGCUGGUGAUGGAACAUCAGGAGAAAGUGGAGGAGAUAUGCUUCGAAGAGUUGGUGAUUGUCGAAAGAAAGUUAUGGGUCUUUACAGAUUGCUAGGUAACAAAGCAGAUGUUAUCAAGGGAUUCGCCAAAAGAUGUAAUGAGCAGUGGGAAAUUGCACCACGAAGUGAGAUUGGAUUAUAUUUGGGAGAUAUUCAAGAUCAUAUCGUUACUAUGACUGGAAAUUUAUCUCAUUAUGAAAAGUAUGUCAUCCCGUUUUGAGCAUUAAUAUGCAUUACUAACACAUCUAUAGAAUCUUAGCUCGCUCUCACGGCAAUUAUCUUGCUCAAAUCAACAUUCGUAUGAAUGAACGUCAAGAACAAACCGCUGAUGUUCUUGGUAAACUUACUGUUCUAGGAACAAUCGUUCUACCCAUGAAUAUCAUUACUGGUCUUUGGGGUAUGAAUGUAUGGGUACCAGGUCAGGAGUAUGAAGGAGAUUUGACAUGGUUUUGGUGUAUCACAGCUGGAUUAUUAGCUUUUGGAAUGGCUUGCUUCUAUAUUGCUAAGACAGCUUAUAAGAUUGUUUAGGGGAGGAGGGAGAAAGAGGAGGGAGAAAGAGGAGGGAGAAAGAGGAGGGAGAAAGAGGAGGGAGAAAGAGGAGGGAGAAAGGGGAGGAUUUGAGAUGGAUGUUGUACAUAUUAGGAUUGUGUAAUGCGAAAGAAAAUUCGUACGGGUAUUUGUAUAUCAAUUUUGGGAUAUCAUUAUGUUUUGGGAAUUUUUAUUACUUGUAUUGCAUUGCAUUGGAUCAAGUUGGAUAGAGAUAGAUACGGUGUCGGUGUGUACUGUAUUUUGCAUUAUUCGGAUACAUAGGGGCAAAGGAAUGGAGAAGGGGAUGAGGAGGUAUCGUA